AUGUCAGAACUACGACGAGACAUACCCUGUUUGUCGACUGGCCCAAAUAGAACUCUAGCAGAAUAUCUGGCUAAGAACAGUCCAACUUUUGUACGACUCGAGGCAGUUAGGAAAAAGGGUUGGGACAAUCCCGAAGGAGACAGAUAUUGGCAGAAUCGACGUGAACAAUCGGACAAAGCCACAGAUGAUUCAGCGCUAGCAUUCUACGAUAUGACAAAGCAAAUCGCGGAGGAAAUGCAGGCGAAAACAAGCGCUCUGACCCCAGGAGACCUUGGUACUCAACCAUUCCAGGUAUUGGACUUAUGCAUGGCACCAGGCGGCUUCACGUGGGGCACCUUGGAGUACAACCCGGACGCGAUCGCCUAUGGCAUCACUCUCCCUCCCGAAAUUGGCGGUUACAAAAACUGGUUCACAUUAUCUGCUGAAUACGUCAAAUAUAUGGACAUCACCAUGCUCGCGAGUGAGUUCGGCAUCGGGACCAUUCCAACGAGUCAUCCAGACCACUCCCUCUUCCUCGCUGAGCGCCCCUUCGUUGAUCAACGCUUCCAGCUCAUUUUCUGUGGCGGUGCCGUUCUCAGGAGUCAUGAGCGAUCUGAGCACAGACGAGAAUUCGAACGAACGCGUCUGACGACAUCUCAGCUCAUCCUAGCUAUGCAGCGGAUCAUUCCGGGAGGGACAAUGGCUGUCUUACUUCGCAGACCAGAUGCCUGGGACGUAGUACAUCUACUUCACCAAUUCAACUCAUUUGCAAGUAUUCAGUUGUUCAAACCAUACAAGAAACAUGCUGUUCGAUCCACUUUCUACCUCGUGGCUAAGAAUGUACAACCAGAGGCUGAGAACGCAAACGCUGCGCUGGAAGAGUGGAAGAAGAGUUGGUCUCGUGCGACAUUUGGUGGUGAUGAAGGAACAGGAGAAAAAGAUCCUGAAAUGGAUGUUGAGGCUGUGAAAAAAGUGCUGGGUGAGUUUGGUCCUAAGCUUAUUGAGUUGGCGAUUCCUGUUUGGAAGAUUCAGGCUAGUGCGUUGGAGAGGCAGGACUUUACUAAGACUCGGAACGAUGGUCGGAAGAAGCAGCCCUAUUGGCCGAAGAAAAGGGGCUGA